GACGUUUUGGCCGUGUUAUUGUUAUACCCAAAGAUGGCAAUGACAACAUGAUACGCAGAGAAAUAUUCCAAGAACUUAGACAAUUGGAUAAUAUCAUACAAAAUGCCACCGUUACCUAUGAGGGUGAGACCUUUACCUAUAAGGACACUUGUGCCCGCUGGGAAAAUGAAUGUUUUGAGAAUGAUAUUUUAAAUCUGGACUAUAUAAUGGAUGAUAUUGAAUCCGGUGAAUUAAAUUUGACUUUUCCGUUAAUGUUUAAUCCGGUCACCUGGGAUGCUCAUGCUUUUCCCGUAUUCUUUGGUGGCACUAAACUAACCGAGGAUAAUUAUAUAGUCAGUGUGCCAGCCAUACAAUUGGUAUACUUUGUUACCGCUGAUACUAAACGGCAAGAUGCUAAAGGUGCCGAAUGGGAAGAAACCUUUUUACGUGUGGUUGGCCAGGCCGAAACUACUGGCUUUUUCAAACACAUUUCCGUAGCCUAUUUUGCCUCUAGGACUUUGGAUCAUGAGCUAGAGAAAAAUACUCAAACGGUGGUGCCUUACUUUAGCUCCACAUUCAUUUUAAUGGCUCUUUUUAGUGUAAUCACUUGUAUGAUGGGUGAUUCGGUGCGCUCCAAACCCUGGUUGGGUUUAAUGGGCAACAUUUCGGCCGUAAUGGCCACUUGUGCAGCCUUUGGUUUGGCCAUGUAUAUGGGUAUAGAGUUUAUUGGUAUUAAUUUGGCGGCGCCUUUUCUAAUGAUUGGUAUUGGCAUUGAUGAUACCUUUGUCAUGUUGGCUGCUUGGCGUCGUACCUCUUUAAAACAAUCGGUGGCCGAACGUAUGGGUCAUACAAUGUCUGAGGCUGCUGUUUCCAUAACCAUUACCUCCUUAACCGAUUUAAUUUCCUUCUGGAUUGGUGUCAUUAGUCCUUUCAGAUCGGUACAGAUUUUCUGUAAAUAUUCUGUUUUUGCUGUAGGUUUCACAUUUCUAUGGCAUAUUACCUUCUUUGCUGCCUGUAUGGCGAUAUCGGGUUAUCGGGAACAUCAAAAUCGUCAUGCUCUAUUUGGCUGCAGGGUCCAAUCUUUAUCGGUGGCUAUAAAGGAAAAGCGUAAUAUUUUCUAUCGUUCCAUCAUGUCGGGCGGUAUUAAUCGUGAGGAUCCUGACAAUCCCAUUGAUAAUAAGGAUCAUAUUUUAAUGAGAUUUUUCCGCAACAAAAUGGCCGCUGUUAUCAAUAAUAAAUGGUGUAAAUUUUUGAUUAUUUUAAUCUUUGGUGCCUAUCUGGCGGGUGCUUGUUAUGGUAUUACCCAGAUCAAAGAGGGUUUAGAGCGCAGAAAGUUGUCCAGAUCUGAUUCGUAUUCGGUGGAGUUCUUUGAUCGUGAAGAUGAUUAUUAUCGUGAAUUUCCUUAUAGAAUGCAGGUUAUUAUCACAGGAGAUUUGAACUAUUCCGAUCCCAUGGUCCAGGAUCAAAUUGAGGAAUUGACCCGUAAUUUGGAGAAUACUUCGUAUGUUACUUCUUCUCUGUAUACCGAAUCAUGGUUGCGUUCGUUUGUCUCCUUUGUGGAUCGUAAUAAUGAAUAUUUGAACUUAACCUUGGACACGGAACAGGAGUUCAUAGAAGCUGUCAAGGAGCAUUGGUUAUUCCCCGGAAAUCCUUUCUCUUUGGAUGUUAAGUUUAAUGAAAAUGAAACCCGCAUUAUAGCCUCCAGAUUGCUGAUACAAGCGGUUAAUAUUACCGAUACCAAUCAUGAAAAGGAAAUGGUUAGAGACUUGAGACAGAUCUGUAAGGACUCUCCUUUAAAUGCCACCAUUUUCCAUCCCUACUUUGUGUUCUUCGAUCAAUUUGAACUGGUGCGUCCUACUUCGCUGCAGGCCAUGGUUAUUGGUGCUGUUAUUAUGAUGAUUAUAUCCUUUGUGUUUAUACCCAAUUUCUUGUGUUCCCUAUGGGUGGCCUUCUCCGUUAUCUCUAUCGAAUUGGGCGUGGCUGGUUAUAUGGCUUUGUGGGAUGUCAAUUUGGAUUCGAUUUCCAUGAUUAAUUUGAUCAUGUGUAUAGGUUUCUCGGUGGACUUUACCGCCCACAUUUGCUACACUUAUAUGUCUUCGAAGAAGAAGAGUCCCAAGGCCAGAGUACGUGAAUCUUUCCAUUCUUUAGGCUUGCCCAUAUUGCAAGGUUCCAGCUCCACCAUUUUGGGUAUAGUGGCUUUACUUUUGGCUCAAAGUUAUAUAUUCUUGGUGUUCUUUAAAAUGGUCUUCUUGGUAAUAUUCUUUGGUGCCAUGCAUGGCUUGUUUUUGUUGCCCGUUUUGUUGUCGCUCUUCGGUCCUGGCUCUUGGCAAACUUGGACGGGUCGCGAUACCGGUGGUGAGGAAGAAAUUGAUGAUUUAGAUGUUAAACUGAAGGUAGCCAAAAUGGAUAAAAACUUUAUUAAUGCCUUCUAUAUGCCCUAUACUUCCUCGGCCAUGGGAGGUGUCAAUGGUUUCGGCAACAAGGGUUUCCUAGGAGCUCCCUAUAAGGCAUAUGGUGAUGAAAAAGAUCUAGGCAUAGGCACCUCCGGAGAGGAUUCCUCUGAGAGCAGUUCCUCACGCUCACAAAGACGCCAAGCUCUAGAAGAUGAGACUACACAGCGACGUUAUGAAGAAGGCUGGCGUAAAUCCUCCUAUAAUGAUCUAUUUGCCAAUAAUUCACCCUCCCAAUUCCAACCUCAUCCCGCUUUAUACAAUCAAAAGGUAUCAGCUCAUGAAUGGCGUUCUCGGCUCGAUGAACAUCAAGAACGUAAACUCUCCUCACAAAGAGGUGGAGAACGUUUCGCCUACGAUAACUAUGGUGCCGAUUUACAAAGACGUCAGGGUGAGUUUGUAGAUGAAAUUGAACAACGUGUCACGCCCACUUCUUCCCUAGAUGAACGUUCACGCCGUAAAUAUCGCACAGCACUGCAACAGCAACAGUCACCACACAAUAAUAGCGCUAGUGGUGAUGAGAGUAGCUAUCAUCAACAUCAUAAUACUGGCGCAGCAGCACUUGCCAACUCCUCGGGUGGUAAACGUUAUCAACGUAGACGUUCUUCCGAAGAUUCAACUAGACAUUUUCAACGUUGGCCCGCGUCUAAUAUAGAAGAACGUUAUAUGCGUCGUCAUUCACCCUCGACGCGCGCACAAAAUGCCUCCACCUCUCUACAGCAUGAAGAUGGUGAUUAUCCCACGUCCUACGGCUAUCGUCCUCAGCCACCCAGACGAUCAUCUUCACAUCAUAAUCUCUAUAAUCCUGCCCAAAAACAUCCUCCCACAUAUCAGUUUGGUGGCCCCUACUACCAUCACUAGCGAAGGUGGGAAAAUGAGCGAAUAAUUAUUUAAAAUUUAUUUUAAAUUAACACAGACUAUUAUAUUUUUAUGUUCUAUGACCAGGACUAGGGUUAUGAAAUUUUUAUUUUAUUUUUUUUUAAAUUUUUUAGUUAUUUAAGUGUGUAAUUAAUUUAUAGUUAAAACAAACGUCAUGACACAAAAUGCAGGUUUAUUAUUUUAUAAAAAUAAUAUAAAAUAUAGGAAAAACACUAGAACAAAAGAUUAGAAAAUAAAUUUUUAAGCGUUUAUUAGGAAUUAGUUUAAAACAAAAGGGCUUUGGGAGUGUAUAAUAUACAUUCUAGGGGCUUAAAAGUUAAGGCAAAGAUGUUAAAGGGAAAUGUGUAGUAUUAUAAUGUUUAAAAGGUUAUAAUUGACUUAUAAGGUAUUUUAAUAUAUUAUAAUGGAAAUAUAAUGUGUUAUAAUCCAUUAUAAUUGGAUUAUAAUGUGUUUUACUCCUUUAUAAUGUAAUUAUAAUAUGUUAAAAUCUAUUAUAAUUGCAAUAUAAUAUCUUAUGAUGCAUUAUAAUGGAAUUAUAAUGUGUUUUAAUACACUAUGAUGUGAUUAUAAUGGGUUUUAAUACAUUAUAGAGGGAUUAUAAUGUUCUAUAAUCUGUUAUAAUUAGAUUAUAAUAUGUUCUAUUACAUUAUAAUUCCAUUAUAAUGUUUUAAAAUACAUUAUAACUGGAUUAUAAGGGAUUAUA